AUGAGUUUCUUUGGACGAGGCUCGGGCGGCAAUAACUACGAGAAGGUUAGUCCCCAACCGGGACCACCAGGCGCCUACGGUGCACCAGGAGGCUAUCCAGCUCCUAGACCUGGCCAGCGUAUCCCACCGUCAGCGCAAUAUCAUCCACCAGCGUCUGGAUACAACGAUCCAUCCAAUGCUCUCUUUGAGACACCAUCCAGGCGCCAAUCUCCCUAUCCUUCUCAGUCACCGAGCAGGUAUCCGCAGUCACAUCCGCAACCUCACCGCGGGGGCGGUGGUGCAGGGCGAGUACAAUCUCCUGAAAAGAUAAACCACAACUUACACGCGCUCUGUAGAUUCGAGAUCUUGUCAUGUCCCAGCGACGCUCUCGCCUUGUCCAAUUGCCUCAUCGUGAACCCCAGCGACUUUCAGGAUGGCCAACAUGUACUCGUCAACGGCAACUUUGUCCUCACAACGAGGCACGACAAUACUGGCAAACUGCCUCCAGGCGCCAUCGGUCCUUCCGCGAUGCAACGGCAAUGGGUCGGCCUUUCCGUAGGCGGGACUCCAGCGACAGUGGAACCAUUACCCACCGGAAACCACCCAGCAGCUCCCGCUUUCCUUGAAGCUAUAGACUUGGAUGUUGGUUUCCUCAAGAAAGGAUUAGAAGUUGAUCAGCAAUUCGACUCGGACGAAAUGUCCAAGUAUUUCGUCAGAGUGUUCAACGGUAUCGCCAAGUCUCGAGGCGAGGUCAUGGCCUUUGAAUUCAGGGGGUACAACAUGAAGGCUGCUGUGAGGGAGAUUAGAAUCCUAGAGUUGGCUGAUGAACAACGACGUGGACCUGCUCCAACCAAUCUCCCUGAUUAUCACGACAAGGCGGGUAUUAUCAUGGAGAAGACAGACGUUACCUUUUUCAAGGCUGCGGAUAGUGCUAUCAAGCUCAAGUCGAGCGCCAGAAAAGCUCCCUCGAAUGCUAUCAUCGCGCCCAACUUCAAAUUCCAAGACAUGGGUAUUGGUGGUCUCGACACAGAAUUCGGCGAUAUCUUCCGUCGUGCUUUUGCAUCUCGUGUCUUCCCUCCCGGCCUCGUCGAGAAGCUCGGCAUCCAGCACGUAAAGGGUAUCAUUCUCCACGGCCCUCCUGGUACCGGAAAGACCCUCAUCGCUCGACAAAUCGGCAAGAUGUUGAACGCGCGAGAACCCAAGAUCGUUAACGGCCCUGAAAUUCUCAGUAAAUAUGUUGGUGCUUCAGAAGAGAACAUCCGUAAACUCUUUGCGGAUGCCGAGAAGGAAUACAAAGAGAAGGGUGAUGAGAGUGGACUCCAUAUCAUCAUCUUUGACGAAUUGGAUGCGAUCUUCAAGCAGCGUGGUUCUAGAAAUGACAGUACGGGUGUUGGCGACACUAUGGACGGUGUCGACCAACUCAACAACAUCCUUAUCAUCGGUAUGACCAACCGUAUCGACAUGAUUGACGAAGCUCUCCUCCGUCCUGGUCGUCUCGAAGUGCACAUGGAAAUUUCUCUCCCAGACGAAAAAGGCCGCCACCAAAUCCUCUCCAUCCACACCAGCAAGAUGCGAAAAAACGGCGUCCUCGACGACGAUGUUGACCUCUACGAACUCGCAGCCCUCACCAAGAACUUUUCUGGUGCUGAGAUUAGCGGUCUCAUCAAGAGUGCGACUAGUUUCGCAUUUAACAGACAUGUUAAAGUUGGGACGAUGGCCGGAAUUUCGGAUGAUGUGGAGAAUUUGAGGGUGAAUAGGCAGGACUUUAUGCUGGCUUUGGAGGAGGUUCACCCUGCGUUUGGUGUAUCCGAGGAAGAGUUGGAGCAGGUGGUACAGAAUGGUAUCAUCCAUUUCGACUCGAACGUGGAAGAACUGUUGAAGACGGGUUCACUGUUCGUGGAACAGGUCCGGACAUCGACAAGGACGCCGCUCGUCAGUAUUUUGUUGUAUGGAACACCGGGUGCCGGAAAGACCGCGUUGGGUGCCUCGAUUGCGCAGGCUUCCAAAUUCCCUUUCAUCAAGCUCAUCUCUCCCGACUUUAUGCUUGGAUACACUGAGAACCAGAAGAUCAACCAUAUCACCAAGGUCUUCAUGGACAGCUACAAGAGUCCUCUCAGCGUCGUUGUUGUCGACAACAUUGAACGGUUGAUUGAUUGGACUCCAAUGGGCGCCCGGUUCUCCAACGCCGUCCUCCAAACCCUCCUCGUCCUCUUCAAGCGCCGACCACCCAAGGGCCGACGCCUCCUCGUCAUCGCCACAUCCUCCUUGAAAGGCAUCCUCCCAGACCUUGGCCUCGCCGAAGUAUUCGACUCCGAACUCGAAGUCCCUCCAGUCUCCACCCUCCCAGCUCUCGACCGCGUCCUCGCCGACCUCGAGCUGUUCAAGUCCGAGUCGGAGAGGAAACGCGCGGUGCAGAUGCUCGAACAGGCAGGCUUCGCGCACGAUGUGGAGGAUUCGAGGAUGCAGAUUGGCAUCAAGAAAUUGCUCAGUAUGAUUGAGAUGGCUAGGCAGGAGCCGGAGAAUGUUGCGGAGAGGUUGAAGAGUGCGUUUAUGGCUCUUCGGACUGAGAGACUAACACGGAUUUGA